GACUUCAUAUUCAAUGCAACCAAUUUAUUCUCUGGUCAAGCAAAGACCCGUGUCGUUUUCCUUUUUAAACCGCAGAUAAUCGACUGUCAUCGACAUAAAGAAUAUGGUAUCGCUAAUGCAAAAGCUCUGUUUGAAACCCCAGGACCCUCUGAGAAGGCAACUUCUUGUGAGCUUCGGAUCUUCCGCUUUUCUUACCCUUGCUUUUGUAGUCGCUCUUGCUAGCAUUACUGUUCAUUCUGCCGGACAUGCCGUUAAGGAGCGAUCCAAUGAAGUUAUGCGCGAUCAAGUCGUUCGCAAUAUUGUUACUUCGACGAGAAAUUUAGCAGAUCAAUUUACCGCCUACUUGCUGACUUUGGAUGGAACGGUGCAGCUCAUGGCGGAAUUUGCGAGGGAUAGGAUUGUUGGCUACGGAGAAGAAGGCUGGGACGACGACAGAUCGCCACCUUUGCCGUUAGAUUGGCAAAUCAAUCCAAAUAUUGUCUCUGAGAAUGCCUGGGAACACUUGCAAGAAAGGACGCCUCUGAAUCCGGAGGGACGUUUGACUAGCCAAAGCUCUUCGUUCGCGAUGCAAGGGACCUGUGAUCCAAACAUAACCGAUUCCAAUCAUUUCAACUAUUAUCCGAACUGUACGGAUGAAAACAACAACAUAUUAACAGGAGGAAAAGUUCAACCCGUUUCUACAGCGAAAGCAAUAUACGACAAAGCAGGUGACUUGAAUGUCUUUUUGAAGCCAUUAUUUGAGUCACAGCGAGACGCGUAUUUCUUGGGCAUUUAUUUCCAUAACGCAGGUGCUGGUGCCACGCUAACUUAUCCAGGUGUGAGUCGCGGGGGAUACCUUGAAACGUACGAAUCUGGUGGCUGCGAUUGGAUGCGUAACACAAACCCAUAUACGAAAAGGCCUUUUGGAACCGAUGAAGAAAUCGGUCGAUGCCAUAUGCAAGGGACCGUUGUGUCCGAAAGAGAAUUUAAUCCAAUGGAAGAGAUUUGGUGCCAAGAAAUGGCGUUGCAUCCGGAGAAAGUUGUGAAGUACGGACCGUAUACCCGCGCAAACAGCGGUAACUUUCGAUUGAUGUCAGCAGGAACUGGGAUCUUCGACCGGAAAAAUGGAAAUUUUAUUGGGUGUGCCGCUAUGAAGGUACCAGUUGACUUUUUAGCAAUGAGCCUUAGCGAUUCUUUGCUUGUGGAAGACUCUAUAAUAGCAGUGGUUCGAUUUGAUAACGGACAUCUUGUCGCCGAUUCGAACUCAUCGUACGCCUUAUUCGAAAAUGAUGGGUCGCACCAUAUCUCCGAAACAGGUAUGAUUUCAACUGAGCAAUUCGAGACGUUCCGGAGCAUUAUCCUUUCUAUACCCCAAUACACAGAGACCGCCGUUAGAGACGCUAUGGCGAAAACAGUUUUACCUUGCGAAAAGGGUGGUCUGAUAAGUGCAUACCCCUUGCCAACACCCCCUAUAGAGUACGACCCUCAAUACAAGCCAGAUUUUCUCAUGAUACAGGUCAUCGGCGACGAAAUCUUUCUCUCCAUUUCAAAAAAUGCUGAAGCUAUUAACGCGGACGUGAGAGCAACUGUACUUGUAUCUGCGAUGCUUGGAUUCACUGCUGUCAUGAUUGUUCUUGCAAUUGUUUGGUGUGUUUCUAGAGUGUUGACUCGACCGCUUUCAUGGAUAGAAGGCAUCGCUUGGCAAAUCGUGAACCACAGCGAUUGCCGAGCUUCCAAUAAGCUCCUUGUCGGGAAAAGUUACGACUUGACUCCGAUUGUGCAAUGUGCUCCUACAUCUGAAAUCACUGAUUUGGUGAUUGAGUUUCGGAGAAUGAUCGAAGGGUUUAGUGGUGGAGGUGCUUCAAUAGUUGCAGAACCCGCGCUUGUAGAAAUCAGAAAUGAGCUAACGUGGCAAAGCGAUUUUCGGCAGCUCUAUUGUCGCGAUCAAUCUGAUCCAACAGGCUUUUCGUGCGUCGACUUGCAAUCAGUUGAGGUUCCUAUGGUAGCGGUGGCUAAGCCGAAAAGUGGAACAUUUUCCAGUUUCGUCGCCAAGCUCGAAAAGAGAAUUCUGUCCAGCUCUAUUGGAAGCGAAACACCACCAUCUUCCUGCGACCAGAGCAGCGAGCUUGAUGAAUCUCGUGACAAGAUAGCUGCCUCUAUUGUUCCUGCUCCAAAUCAAAAACACCGAGGCAAAAAUGUACUUUUCACAACUGAUGAGGAUCGAGGAUCUGUCAGCAAGAACGAUUAUCGCUGCGCACUGCAAAACAACAGUGUUCUGCGAUCAGCACUGUUCUGGUGGAUUCUGUUACUGCUUGUUGUUCCUUUGAUUACGGCAAAUGUCAUCAUUUGUGCCAUCGUUUCUGCCAAUGUCGAAAGGAUUCUACCGUCCUGGGUGAGUUUGGUGGCCGAAACAUCGAUCACGCUUGAGAUUGAGGCUCUUAUGGUAACAGUAGCUUCCAAGGCUGUGCUGGCAUUGACUGUGUUGUACGAACCAAUGCGAGACCUCCACUUAUUGACUCGUGUCUCCGGUUGGCUCUUGUUUGACGGCAUUCGGCGUUCGGUCAGCUUCACGGAAGCUGACAAAUCAUCAACAGAAGAAUGCAAGACCUAUUUUGCUGAUCAAUCCUGUCCCUUUUAUAGCCAAAGUCGAGCGCCGUGUCCAUGUGAUUGGGAAGAACCAUACGAAUUUAGUCGGCGGACUUGCACCGAAGGAAAUCACACUGGGUUGGAAAGACGUUUUCUGUCAGACGAGACGUUUCAACUCUCUAAAACAAGAAGCAUUCAGAAGCGAUUCGUGUCCUGCCAAGCACGAGACACUGAUGCAUUCACCGGCAACCGAAACUCAUCUCAAAGCUUCCCCACUUUUGACUAUAGUCCAGAGACCACUUUGUGGUGGAACACUUUUGAUGAAAUGCCUGGGUCUGAGCAAGGCGCAGACGUUUCUGGAUUUGCAACAACAUACGCACGCGCUCGGGUCAGUUCUGCAAUGGCUGUAGUGGAUUUCCCGAUCUACAACUAUGCAGUGAAAGUGGCACGUCCAAAAAUAAAUGUCGCAACAUAUCUUGGUUUUGAAGGGGAUGGUCUUUUAACCGGUUUCAGUGGGUGCCGCUACUCCCAAACGGCACUCUCUUCAUUUUCUUCUCGCAAGACCAAUCAGGCUUCAGAGCUUGCACCAGACUUGUGUCCCCUGGGUAAAUACGGAUACGAUCCUCGAUGCCGCCCAUGGUAUGCCUCGGGUAAGGCUCAGUAUUUAUCAUCAGGGAGUAUGCUUCACGUUACUGCACCCUAUUUUUUCUUAGGUGAUACAAAGGUUGGGACAACUGUCACGGCUCCGGUGGUAAAUCCAAACACCGACGAAUUUGCUGGCAUGGCUGGUCUUGACUUUUAUCCAGAAAUGCUUCGACGGUCACUGGCCACACUGAACGAUUUAACCUCCUUUAUAAUUACACCCACGGAGGACGUUUUUGGCGGGGAUACGGUUGUUGCCCCAAAUAAUACCCAACCUUGGAUGUCGGCGUCUAUUGUUGACUUACUAUUUCAAUUCGACGAGGAAGGAAGCCAAAAUCGGGAAUACUUUCGGAAUGAAAUCUUGCCUAGAAUGAGGAACGGGGAGAAAGGAUGUGUGAGAUUCAAGCGAAACUUAGAUGAUGGAGGAGAACAGGUUUUGAUUCUCGCAUUCUAUCCGGUAUUCGUGCGGGAGCUAUCAAUCGUAGAUCCUUCGGAUUUUGGACGCGGUGCGAUCACAAGCGGCAAGCUUGUGUACAGCGUCGGUAUUUUUGCAUGUGAAGGCAAUAUGCGGAUGCCGUUUGAAGCCAUCGAGGAAGAUGUAGACCAAGAUCUUCGAUCCAAAGCUACUCUAUAUUUCGCCUUGGUGGCCGCCGCUACUUUUGUUUUUACAGUUUUUGCCUUUUUUAUGGUUCUGUCUUCUGUAAAGACUACGGUGAUGGUCACGGAACCAGUUAUUCUGUUGCUACAGGUAAUCCAGGAUAUCAACAACCGAGAGGUACAGGAAGACGUACCUCCUUUGCGAGGUGGCUCAAAGGAGACGCGACAGGUUUACAACUCAUUCGCUAAAUUAUACAAGAUUGUUCAGAUUUCAAACACCGCGUUCUUCUCAGGUAAUCUUAGCUGGGCAUGCCAUUUUCUGAAUGAUGCGAUUCGACUUUUUCGGAAAGUUGAUGACAAAAAGGCGAUUGGUGUGGCAUGCAACAAUCUUGCGAAUGUUUGUUAUGCACAGAUACACGCACACCACAACUGCGAUGCUGGCUUGAACACGUCGGAAGAUUUUGGUGUGGUGCGCGCUGGUUUAGAACACUACGAUGAAGCUAUUGCCAUUUCGGAAAUAGAGUUCGAGCAGGCCACGUGCCUCGUGACCAAGGCAGGAUUUGCUUAUGAACUGGCCGAUCGACUCUUCAAUCGAGGCAUGUUCUUGCUAGCCUUACAAGGUGACCCCGACUGUCCCGACGACGGCCGAGUACGAGCUCUUGCCGACGUCUCUCGGGCCCGUGACCUUGACAUUGACACGAGGGAGUUUUUGCUGGCCCACAAGCUUUUGUUAGAGCAUUCCGAAGCCGUGUUUGGUCGGAUCAUUCGGCGAAUCCACGGCCUCAUUUCUUUCCACCGCGACGAGGAGCUCGGUGAACUAUGGGCGCUGCAGGAACUGAUUGAGGAUGCGGAUCAGUUACUGCUUGCGGCGUGGAACGAGCCCGUGGCGCCGUUGUUCCAGCGCUGUAGUCGCACCGGGCGUCUACAGCAGUUAGAAGCCGCCGCGAUCCGGCUGGAACUCUCUCGGGACAACGACUGGGAAGCGGCCCGACUGGCGAUGCGUAUGUUUGCCGAAGACGAGUACCUGAUGGAAGGAAGUUUCCAGGUUGCCGCCAACGCGUUGUUGCGCUACAGUCGGGCUACGGAUGGAGCAAUGCCGUUCACGCGAACAACGUUUCAGUCGACGCGAUCGGAUUUUCGGAAGAUGCUCAAAACUUGCAAAAACGGAUCGGUGGACAUUGGCAAGUGCCUGAUCUUCGCUUUGGAAAUAAACAAGCGAUGGGAAGGCGAUCCCAUCAUGGACCGGAUCAACGCGAACUGUCUUCGAUUGUACGACGAGUGCUGCAAUCCCGAAGAUUCGAUGGGUUUGGUAGCGUCCACUACCAGGGGAUCGUACUCCUUGAAUUUGUCAACAAAGUCGGAAAACGAAGGCUUGCAGCGGUCCACGUUGGACAUUGCGACGAGUGGAACGAGCGGAAUGGGGUCUCCAUCGCUGCCCUUUGCGGUGCAAAUGGUGGUGGAUGCGUCGGCGUCGCAGGAGAACGAUUCUUACGUGUUGCUGGUGGCCGAUGGUUGUUUGGACGCGGAAAACGAGGCCGUAUUGCGAGAGUGCCAAACAAUGUGUACCGGUUUGUCCAAGGCUAGUUUUUACAUGAACGUGACCCUGGCGAACGUGGACGCGGGGUUUUGUCGUAUUGCCCACGUUGUUUCCCAUCCACCCGUGACGAACAGCAGUCUCCAAGGCUUGACGACGGAGAAAUUUUGAAAAGGUGGUCACGAGAAGGGGUUCGACCGCCGUUGUACUAAUUUUGUAUUCCCUAAUUUUGGGGCAGUAAUUGCACCCUCUAGCUACUAGAGCUAUAGGUGGCGUAGUUUUACAUCACGGGUAAAAAAAAGGAGUGUUCCUCGUUCUCGCGGUCCGGGGUAUCGGAAUGCCCAGCUAGAGUCUUUUGUAUGAUCCAACCUCCAUA